AUGGAGAGAAUUGAACAAGAAAGACAACAUCAAGAGCGGGAGAAGAGGAUGAAAGAAGAAGCAGAGGAACGACUCAGAAGAGAAAUGAAAGAAAAGGAGGAGAGGAAGAGAAGAAUGACUGAGGAGAUGGAAAAACAUAUUUUGGUCAGACUUCUCCUGGAUGAAAGAAUCACAUCUGCAGAUGUCCUUACAAUAUCACCACACUCCGUGCAUCACCAAGAAGCAAUUACUGACAAAGAGAUCUUUUGCAGGUUCCUGCAAAUGCUUUUAACGGGCAACUACAAUGCAAGAUACCCAUUAGUCAGCGAGAAACAUGGACGGGCCCAGAUCCAUCCAAUGGAUGUCCAGAUGGCAGUGUUCCAUCGUGCAGAUCAUUUCCUGAAGCAGCUCAUAGUGACUAAACUCUCCCAGUGUCAGUAUGCUCUGCCUCUGCUUGUGCCCAAUCCCUUUACCCAGGAGAUCGAAUUUCCACUCUGGACAUUUCAGCAAAUCAAGAAGAGCUGGAAAAUUACUAAUACCAAGCAUGAAGUCAUCAGCAAAGGCCAGUCAGUCUGUAAAGCAGACACUCCAAUGGUGGCUUUCUUCAGGUUGGGCUCUGUGUCUUCAUCCAAGUCUCAGCUGAUGAACAGCCUGAUCAAUGAGAAGCACAACACAUUCUUCCACAGGAACUGUCCAGGCAGCAGCAGAACCAGACUACUGAUGGAUGGAGUGGUGGAGAUCGCCUGGUACUGCCCCUCUGGGAAACCCACCGAUAAAUUCACUGACUGUGUUGCGUUCUGCAAUCUCCAUGGUGAUGCAGCAGCCCAUCCUUUGCAGACGAGGAUUAUGAUGGAAAUGGCCACAAUAAAUGUUGUUCUUCUAUCUGAGCUGCUGGAGACUGGCGAUAAUUUGGCCAUAGUGCAGGAGCUCUUUGAAUCUCCUAAACCUCUCAUCUGCAUUCUCACUGAAGAUGAUGAUCCCAUCACUGAGGUAGAAAAGGGGAAAUACAAACUUGGAUUUAAGAGCAGAAAUCAGUCUGAUGUAUCAGCAGAACUAAUAUUAGCAAUCAGACAAACUCUGUCAGAAGGGACUGUCUGGUUCAAACUUGAUAAUGUGUUGUGUUACAGAGAGAUAAAAGUGGACACUGAGAGUGAGGAAUGCAGGAAAGGGAAGACGGCUGCUGUCCGGAUAAUGGACCUGGUGAAAACAAAGGAUCUUUUAGAAGUGAAGGAGACAUUUCUACCCUGUCAUGGGAAACUGUGGCAUGACUGGAGUGAGCUUAGCAAAGAUCUACAUGGUCUCCAAGGAGAAAAUCUGGAGUGGGAUACAAGCAGCAAACUGAAACGGAUGAAGGAUAUAAGACACAAGCAGCGAGCAAAUGGACUGACUGAGCUCAUGAGACUAUUUACUGGGUACUUGAAAACACUGUCAGACAUUGAGAAAAAGUAUUUCCUCGAGUGGGUUGGGAACCUGUUGGAUGACUUUGCUUCAAACAAGCUCUCUGACCUUCUUCAAGAGUAUAAUGUGAAAUGGAAAUGGGUUCUGGAUUUAAAAAAGACUUGUGACAAAUCAAAGCAGAUGGAAAAACAAAAUGACUUGGAGAAAAUAUCAAACAAUCUAACUGUUGCAACUUUUGGGCUUGAGCAUUUUCUGAGAGAAAUGGGCCAAGUUUAUGAAGCUUGGAAAUCAACACAGAAGGAUGUGAGUGGAAAGGAAGACAUAACGAUACCAAGCCUUCCUAAAAUGGCUGCUGAACUGAUGAUCUCUGGUCACCCAAUGGAGCUGAUGGAUGGAGAUGCUGCUCAUGUUCCUCUGAUCUGGGUUACUGCUGUUCUAGAUGCACUCAUCAAGAUAGUGGGAGACCAGAGAGUCUUUGUGCUGUCUGUUUUGGGACUCCAGAGUUCUGGGAAAUCCACCAUGUUGAACGCCAUGUUUGGACUCCAGUUUGCAGUCAGUGCUGGCAGGUGCACCAGAGGAGCUUUCAUGCAGCUGGUCAGAGUGUCAGAGGAGAUGAGGACAAAGCUGAAGUUUGACUACAUUCUGGUUGUGGACACUGAGGGACUCAGAGCUCUGGAACUGGCUGGGAAGGCCACAGUGCACCAUGACAAUGAGCUUGCUACAUUUGUAGUUGGUCUUGGAAAUAUGACCUUGAUCAACAUCUUUGGAAAAAACCCCUCUGAGAUGCAGGACAUCCUUCAGAUAGUUGUUCAGGCCUUCCUGAGGAUGAAGCAGGUCAAACUGAACCCCAGCUGCAUCUUUGUGCAUCAAAAUGUGACAGAUAUCACAGCUGGAGAGAAAAACAUGGUGGGAAGGAGACAUUUUCAGGACAAACUGGAUGAGAUGACAAAGUUGGCUGCCAAGGAGGAAGUGUGUGAUGCUGAGUGUUUCAGUGAUGUCAUCGCUUUUGAUAUUCAGAAAGAUGUGAAAGACUUUGCACAACUGUGGGAGGGCAGCCCACCCAUGGCCCCACCAAACCCAUCCUACAGUGAGAAUAUUCAAGAGUUGAAGAAAACUAUUCUUACACAUGCCUCAACAUCCAGUGGUUUCACACUGACAGAAUUCAAAACUCGUAUUAAAGAUCUGUGGGAUGCUCUUUUGAAUGAGGACUUUGUGUUCAGCUUCAAAAACACUCUGGAGAUUACAGCAUACAGGGCACUGGAGGAGGAGUAUGGGAAAUGGACCUGGACUCUGAGAAGUGAAAUGCUGAAAAUGGAGGACCAGCUGCAUACAAUGAUUAACAACUAUAGACUGCAUGAAGUGAAUAAUGCUCUUCUUGCAAAAAACAUCAGUGAGACCCUUGAAAAUGUGCAAAAGGACAUGAGUCAGUAUUUUGACAAUGACACAUUAAAAGACAUCUUGAUUCAGUGGAAGGUCAAAUUUGAACUAAAGAUUAAGGAAUUACAUGAAGACCUUGUUGAAAAGGGAACAAAAAAAUUGAAAGAUUUUAUUUCACAAAGGGAUGCUCGCAAAAAGUUGGAUGAGAAGAAGGGUGACCAUGAGAAGAAGCUUUUUGAGAAAAGCAAAGAAUUAGCCUUGAAGCUAAAACAGAAAGGAAUCAGUGAGGGGGAGAUGAAGAGCGCAUUUGACUCCAUGUGGGAAGACUGGGUCUCCGAAUUCAAAAACAAUACCACGCCAAUCAGCGACAUCAACAUAAGACAAAAUAUGCUCAACAUCCUCUAUGAAACCUUUCAAUAUGGGUUGGGUUACAACAGAACUGCUACUGAUAUAGCAGUAGAAAUGAAGACAAAUAUCCCAGCAUUCAGUGGGAACAGAUCUAACUUGGAAAAACACAUUCUGAAGCUGCUGGUGGAGGAAGAGAGCUUUUCCAAGUUCAUGACCUACAUUCAGAAUCCCAGAGAACAUUUUGAAUGUUUCAUUAAAGAGGAGGUUGUGAAGUACAUACGCAAAAGUACCACAGCAGGCAUGCCCAUCAUUCUUUUCAGGAUAAAGGAUCACAUUAUGGAAUUGCAGAGACGUGUAAUCAGUGCAGCAGCAAGAGCUACACAGGAGGCCAAAGCUAAUAAUGGAAAGUUGUGGAUGCACAUAUUCUCCAAAAGCCUCUCAGAUGUACUGGAGAACAGAUGCACAGGUCUUAAUUGUGAGAAUGUCAACGACUUUGAUCUUCUAGCAGAAAUCAUAAAGAGGGAACUCCCUCGUGUCACAGAGGAGCUGAAGAGUGACCUCAGCAGUCUGGGUGACCUCAACAUGGAGAUGUUCAGGGAGGGGCCUGAUGAGAUUCUGAUUAAACACUUCUGCCAGUGCUGCUGGGAGCAGUGUCCCUUCUGUGGAGCCAUCUGCACCAACACAAUGGAGGAUCAUUAUGGUGAUCACAUGGUUCCUUUCCACCGAGUAGCUGGACUCAAGGGGUUUAAGAAUGAGGGUAAAUUCAGUCUUGAUUUCUGCACCACUUUAGUCAUAAGUGACAAAAAGUUUACCAGUGACAGUAUCCCUUAUAAGAGGUACAGAUCAGCAGGAGGAAAGUAUGCUGAGUGGAGCAUCAGUCCUGACUGCUCUGAGCUGCCUCACUGGAAGUGGUUUGUGUGCCGAUUUCAAACUGAGCUGGAAAACCAGUACAGAACAAAACUAGAGUCGAUGGUAGCAGAGUGGAGAAGGUACAGCAAAGCGGAUGCUUUAAAGAGUCUGGAUUUCUACUUCUGA